CGAUUGCUUCGGGUCGGCACACAAUGCUCGGUCAGUAAUGUGACGUAAUGAACGUAUUAGUGUUACGUCUUUCGAAGAAAUGUGACGGUUUUAUCUACAGACGCCGACAUGAGGGGGCUGGUGGCACUCCUGCUGCUACUGGUUGGCGGCUUGAUGGACGCGGUGGCCCUGCCCGCCAGACCUCCAGCGUCCGACACUCACCAGCUGCUGCCGCCGGCACUUCAUGGGAGACAUCACCAGGAGGCCUCCAACAGCCCACUUUUGCCGAAGAGUCGACGUACUUCCGAGCUGAUCGAGACGAUGGUGUUGAUGGCGGCAACAGCAGAGCAUGCAGAUAUAAAUCAGAGACCAGCAGAGAAGUUGGCGACUCCUGGAGACGUGUCGAGAACAUAUAUGGCCACAAUAGAACCGACGCAAGAUAAUAGAGUUACAAUACACACAACACCACUGGAGACGGAAGCGCCUACGGAUACGACAGAAGAGCCUAUAGGUACAUCUGACACAACGGCUACUGAAGAUACAUCGGAAAUAAGUACGACGGGACUGACGACUGAUGAGACAACAAUACUGGAUUCGACAACGGCGGAAGAUACAACAUGGACGGUAGAUACGACAAUCACAACACUAAUACCAACGACAACUGGUCUUCCAUCGGAGUCUACGACAAAAGUGACGACGACGACGGCGACGGCAACACCGGCAACAACAACAACAACAACAACACAACACCCAUCUUCGGCACCACCACCAGAAUCUACAUCGACAACAACCACAACCACAACAACGCAGUACCCAACUACAGUCCCACCGCCGGAGCCUACAUCCACAACAACAACAGAGCAUCCGCCCACUGCACCACCACCAGAAUCUACAUCGACAACGACAACGACAACCACAACAACGCAGCACCCAUCUACAGUCCUACCGCCGGAGUCUACAUCCACAACAACAACAACAACAACAGAGCAUCCGCCCACUGCACCACCACCAGAAUCUACAUCGACAACGACAACCACAACAACGCAGCACCCAUCUACAGCCCUACCGCCGGAGUCUACAUCCACAACAACAACAACAACAACAGAGCAUCCGCCCAUUACACCACCACCAGAGUCUACAUCCGCAGCAGCCACGACGACCACGACGACGGCGCAUCCGCUGCCGCCAGUGGACUCCACAACGUCGACCUCGACCAUGACUACGACCACUGCCAGAGUUCUUCUUGUGUCACAAACCAUACAGGCGACUCCAGUUCAUUCAGUGUAA